AUGCAAGACAAUGUGGCAGACAACGGCCAGUCAUCUUUUACAACGCCCCCACCGCCGCCGCCGCCGCAGCUGUCGUUGUCAACAGACACCGCGUUACGCUCUGUGCCAUCUCUGCCGCCACCACCGACACCGCCGCCACCGUACACGGCGACUCCGGCUACCCAGGCAACCUUUGGCGCCGGGACCUUCACCACUGCGCAAGACCUCGUAGCGCAUGUUCGCCUGCUUCUGCCGUGGACAGUCGUUGCAGCAAAGAGGCGGCGUCGCAUGAUCGGUGGCGCAGCCGACUUCGCCAAUGACUCGGCACUGUCACCGCUGUCGUCGUCCUUGCUCCCGAUCCCGGCUGCCUCGGAGCGCGCCACGAGUGCGAGUUCGUCGUCGUUUGCGCAGUCGCCGCAGCGCCGCGUACUGUCGACGGACUCUGCCGCCACCACAAACAGUUCCUCUUUCAUGGACGACGAGGUCACGCUCGUCAGCGACCGCGUGGACGCGGUGUUGCCGACUUGGGCGUACCUGUCCUCACACAUUGCCGACGCCACCCCGCCGACACUCGUCCUGUCGGUCCCCACCCUCGCUCUUGCGAGGGAUGACUCUCUCACGGUGACCUCGACGGGGAGCAGCCGACACCGCCGCAGCCACAGCUCCCACAGCAGCACGGCCAGCUCUAUGGUCGGUGGCGUGCCACCCCCACUCUUGUCAAUGGCAGCGGCCCCGCUUAUUGUGGACGAGCGCGCGGAUCGGCAGUCGUGCUUGUACCCGUAUGAGCUGGCGGAGGCCUGCGCGCUGGCGCGACUGCGACGACCGAAGUCGAAGACAGCGGCCGCAGCUGCAUCGACGCAGAGCUCUCUGCACCUGCUCCGGCUGGAGCUGCAGGUCGAUGUGCAGCAUAUUCUACCCACGGUGAGGAGCGUGGCACCUGCCCAGCGACAGUGCAUUCUGGACCAGGCCCUUGCCGAGUUCACGCUGACCGGCGUGCUGUCCACCACGGUGCUGCGAGGCGUGCUGAACGACGCCGCGCUGCGGUUGUUGGCCAGCGUGGACGAUGAGGUGUUGCGACGGAUCGCCGGAGAGGUGGACCAGGCCAGUCAAGCAGAGAUGGAGUUCCGUGAAGGUGGCGCAUCGAGCGUCUCGGCAGUGCCCGCUGUCACCGCUGAAGCUCGUCGCCAGCGCGUUGUGCCGCUCAGCCUCCAAGUUCACACGCUCCAAGGGGAGCCGGGCAUUGCUGUGGGGGCCACAGCGGGUCGGCUGCUGUCGAGCGCUUCGGUGCACUCUGCAACGGCCUCAACCGUCUCUGGCGAAGCAGACUCGCCGCGCCACAUGACGACGAUGCCCAUCGCCACGCCGACGCGGCUGAUCCUCAUGGUGCUCGUGCACGCGCAACCCACUGCGACGACAUCGACAGCUCCUGAGACUCAGGAGACGCCGAUGGCGCAUAGCGAGCCGAGGCCGCAGCCGAAUGGACAGGAUCGAGAGGGCGGAUCGGAGACGGUGUGGGCUUCUUCCUCGUCCUCCUCCGCUGCGGAUGAGACGACUCGCAUGGACGAAGAUGCCGCCGUGUCACUAGCCAGUGCCGUUGUACCGCAUCUCUUCCCCCUCACCUUCGGGCUUUCACGCUUCACGACAAGCCUCUCUCUCUCCAGCCCCGUCGACUACGAUACCCUGCGCACCGCAACGAGGACCAGCGAUACUGGGAGUGUGUCAGGCGCUGCCGCGGAGGCUGUUGAAGAAGUUGCCGCCGCUUCAGCUGGAGCCUCAGCAAGGCGAGCGGCAGAGUUCAGUGGAGACGCAACUGCCACGACGACUGAGGGAGGCACACGAAUAACUGGCGCAGAGGCGGCAGCGCAGCCGUGGUCGUGGCAGGACAUCUCCGUCGGCUCUGUGCGGGCACGGUGCGGCCUACCAGAGCUGAAGCCGCCUCCAACGCCGGCGGAGAUGGCACCCUUCUCCUGUUCCCCGUCGGCGUUCUCGCGUGUGGUGCGUCCCGUGACUGCAUGGGCGGGCGGCACGGCAGGCAUGAACGCUUCGCCCACGCCGCAGCCGACGCCUACGCUGCAGCGGUCGCUCCAGAAGGCGAUUCCUGACUCCGCCACCGCUGCCGUUCCCGAGAGCGAGGCAGUCCGGGAUACCGCGGCUGACCAGGCAGCAGCGUUGGAGCGUGGGGUGAAGGGCCACUUGGCCGAGGAGGGCAAGGAGGAGGGCGAGCUGGACGACGGCGGUGCCACAAGCGAGCCGCUUCGGCGCUGCGAUGUAGACAAAGAGACGAUGGCACUGACGGGUGUCGUGGAGGCCGUGCACCGCUGCGUCGACGCGCUGUGCGGGCACGCCAGGCUGCUGCCGGCACUCAUGGAGACGGGCGAGGCUGAAGCGGAAGCCGGCGAGGUCAGCAAUGGAGCUGUCGGUUACUGGGGUUCAGAGAGCGAGGGGAAGCCCCGGAAGGAGGCACCUGCUGGCCAGCAGUGCACGCUGGCGUUCUCGGAGACCGGCUGCACUUCAAAGACAGACGCCGCUCAUGGCCGCCGUUGUGUCGGCAAUCAUGCUUACCUGCAAGACAUCAUGGUGACCACCCAGCAUGUGCUCGUGUACGGGCUGACGCGCUUGCUUAUCGCCGGUCUCUCCGUGCCAGAGCCCGCCGAAGGCAGCGAGGCACCUGCCUCAGCGGAGAGUGCGGCAGCCUGCGACGCCGAGCAGCGAAGCGCAUACUCUCGCUCCGUCUUUUCCAUGCUUGGUAGCGCCGAGGACAGCGAUGGCAGCGCCGCGGCGCACACGUGCGGCAUUGCGCACCAGCUGCGACGCUGGUUCUCUGUGUACGGCCGCUACCUUGCCGAGCGUUUGUGUGCCCCGCUGGAGCAGCUCGAGGCGUUCAUCGAAGAAACCACUGGCAGCGCCGCUGCGACGCCGAAGACUGCAAAGGCGAUGUCCGGCAUCUUUGAAAGCGGCCACAAAAGCCUGAGUGGCGUACCGAGCACCUCACGUCGGGUGGUGCUCGGGGCACAGGUGGUGGUGAAGGAAAAGCGCCACCACCGUCGCCACACCGUGGGUGUGAAGGCCUCACAGGAUGGCGCGAAGCGGGACGGCACCCGGAAGGCCGAGGAGGCGGACGCGUACGCUGUGAACUCCUCCGUGCUGCCCGCCUUGGCUAUCGCGAAGGCGACCGUGCAGCUGUGCCGCACGAUGGCCGGCAAAUCGGCCCUGUUGUGCGAUGCAGGUGCUGUUUCUUCUUGCAGGGAGUCGUCAAGCCGCCAGCACACACCGACGACGUCCACCGACGGCGACAGCUUGGCAACGAUGUCGAACACGGCCUCGCUAACUCAGCCUCACUGUUGCCAGCACUACCGCUCCACUUCACGUACGCCUUCUGCCUCCAAGCGCUCGGUCGGCGCCGCUGCCGGGGCUGUGCACCCCCUUCACGAGCGCGUUGCCUCUCUUAUGGACGCCAUUACCGGCGUGUUACGACUCUUUGAGGAGGAGGAGCGACGGUGGGCAGCGCUGCAGCAGCCGCUGGCGUGCCUGAGAGGGCACUGGCGGGACAUGCGGGCGAUCAUCAACGAGGAGUGUGUCCAGCGGUGUGCAGUAGGGCAGUCGUCGCUGGUGGCCUUGGAGAGGCUGAUGCGAGACACGCUGGCGAUGAGGGAGGUACGUGGAUGGUCAUCGAUCGUGGCGGAAGAGGUUGUUGCUGCCGCCUCCGCUGCACUCGCCGCUGAGGGUGAGUCUGCAUCAGCUGAGCUCGGCGAACUCCGUGUUCCAGCGAGCCAGCCUCGUACAUCCAGCCAGCGUAGCGUUGCCCAGCAGCCCACACUGACGCCGGUAGCCCCACUGCCGUUAAUGCUGGACCUUAGAGGCGCGCAUUUGGUCCCGACGCAGUCCCUCAAGGUACCUCAGAGGACGGUGAUUAUGGCGGAUUCGUGGAAGGGAAAGCGAGCCACGGCGGGCUCGACCGAAGGUGUGGAGGUGGCGGUGGAGGAGACGCUGCUGUCACCAUCGCUGCCGACGCCGUUGCACACAUCGGACAUCGAGUGCGACGAGCCAGAGGCGGUGGAGGAGGGUGAGUUGAAACACGCAUGCGCUGAGGAUGUCGUCAUGGUCGAGGAUAGCGAGGCUGGCGAGAGUGGCGACGACGGCAUCGAGGCAUCAGCCGCGAAACUGAAUAACCGGCCCACGGCGUCCGCGGGGGCAGUGGGGCCACCUCUGCCGCCACUCCUCUCCGCCGCAGCGUCCAGCCGCCUUGCCACUACCCUAAUGCAACAGCAGAUGCCGCAGCGCAACCAACCGAAGCAGAAUAGCCGCGCGAAACGGUCGGGGCAGGCACCGAUGACGCAGCCGCAGUCCCGUGGCAAGGCAGCAGGCUCACGUGCGCAAGCCUCGAAAAGCAGCGCCACGCCUUCGAUAUCUCUGCAAAACGCGAAGGCGCCGACAGCAGCAUCAAACAGCGCUGCGCGACCGUCGCAGCAGCGAGGCACCGCCUCCGCUGAUCACGGUGCCGGUGCCGCGGCGUCUGUGGAGGGCGCACUGGGACUUUCGGUGCGCCAGGUGCAGCAGCGUAGCACUCCGGCGCCCCUGCACGUGGAUGUGGUAGUGCUCCGCCAGGCCACGCCGUUCGUGGCCGUAGGUGCUGUUCUUCUCUUUCUCCUUCUCUUCCUGUAA